GCUCCUCCCCCAGGAAGGCCAGGAGCGCGCGCGGUGUGGCGUGAGACCUGGCUGCGCGAGUCGUGCUGUGGAGACUCUGCGGUAAUAUCUGACUGUUAGUCCAUAUUAACUGGAGUAGAAAGUAAAAGGGAGCGCUCCUCUCCUCUCUUCCCCUCCUUGCCCGGCCGGCGUGAUGGCGGAAGCGGCGGCGCCGGGCGCCGGCGGAGAGGUGGUGGCGGCGGCGGAAGGCUCGGGCUCCGCCGGCUUGUCUCUGGGCCGCGGCUUCUCGAGCUACCGGCCCUUCGAGCCCCAGUCUCUGGGCCUCAGCCCGAGCUGGCGGCUGACGGGCUUCUCCGGCAUGAAGGGCUGAGGCUGCAAAGUCCCCCAGGAGACGCUGCUCAAACUCCUGGCGGGACUGACGCGGCCAGACGUUCGGCCCCCGUCGGGUCUGGGCCUGGUCGGAAGCCAUGAGGAGGCGGCCCAGGAAGGCGGCCUGGCGGCCGGGGCGGACCCCAACCCAACCAUUCCAGCCCUGGGCAUUGGGAUGGACUCCUGCGUCAUACCCCUGAGGCACGGGGGCCUGUCACUGGUGCAGACCACGGACUUCUUCUACCCCUUAGUGGAAGAUCCCUACAUGAUGGGGCGCAUAGCUUGUGCCAACGUGCUGAGUGACCUCUACGCCAUGGGUAUUACUGAAUGUGACAACAUGUUGAUGUUACUCAGCGUCAGCCAGAGUAUGACUGAGGAGGAACGAGAAAAGAUAACACCGCUCAUGAUCAAAGGCUUUCGAGAUGCUGCUGAGGAAGGAGGUACUGCGGUGACUGGUGGACAAACGGUAGUAAACCCUUGGAUUAUCGUCGGAGGGGUUGCCACUGUGGUAUGUCAGCCCAAUGAAUUCAUAAUGCCUGACAGUGCAGUUGUUGGGGAUGUGCUCGUGUUAACCAAACCCUUAGGAACCCAGGUUGCUGUCAAUGCCCACCAAUGGCUGGAUAAUCCUGAAAGAUGGAAUAAAAUAAAUAUGGUGGUCUCCAGAGAAGAGGUAGAGCUAGCUUAUCAGGAAGCCAUGUUCAAUAUGGCUACCCUAAACAGAACUGCUGCUGGACUAAUGCACACGUUUAAUGCACACGCAGCCACAGAUAUCACAGGCUUUGGCAUUCUAGGACACUCUCAGAAUCUUGCGAAACAACAAAGAAAUGAGGUGUCAUUUGUCAUUCAUAAUUUGCCAAUCAUUGCCAAGAUGGCUGCUAUCAGCAAGGCCAGUGGGCGCUUUGGGCUCCUUCAAGGAACCUCAGCAGAAACUUCUGGGGGAUUACUGAUUUGUCUGCCAAGAGAACAGGCAGCUCGAUUUUGUUCUGAAAUCAAAUCUUCCAAGUAUGGAGAGGGUCACCAAGCAUGGAUCGUUGGUAUUGUGGAAAAGGGAAACCGGACAGCUAGGAUCAUUGACAAGCCUCGAGUUAUUGAGGUCCUACCUCGUGGGGCCACCGCUACUGCUCUCGCUCCUGAAAAUUCCAAUGCUGCCUCUGAGCCUAGCUCCUGAGAUGGAAUAGCAGAAGUUGUUUGGACCUUAGAGCCUUUGUACACAAUCAUGGACGAUUCUCAAAACUUUAUUUUAAGAAGAGAUUUCCAAAGAAGGUUUCCUGUGUCGUAGUUCCAGCGGCCCUUUGUAGGCGAUUUGAAUCAGCUCAUCACAAGCUGCACAUUCCAAGGCCAGAAGUAACACUUUGCACUUCAAGGUGUCCUUUGUUCAUCUCUUACAUGGAAGAGAAGCAGAAAAACCUCUGUUACUUCUUUCCAAGAGCAGGAUGAGGCUCUUCUGCCUUGAGGGAUUUUUUUUAGCAUUGGGUUGAUUCAUGUCUAUGCACAGGGGGUGAGAUUAUUAAAAUUAAAUAUGUACCAAAAAAGAUAAAUUGCAAAAUGACUUAUAUCAGAAGAAAAUAAGUUUGGACCAAUACUGUUGGUAAAUCUAAAUUGGUAAGAGAGAUCUUACGUUGCAAUGUCAAAUUUUUCAUUAGAUUUUUCAGAAAUACUGGCUCUUUCCUACUCUGGGCAAGAAUUGAGCAGCUUGUCCAAUGACUGGGAAAGGAGGACCUGCAACCAUCUGAUUUGGUCUCUGUUCAUGACGUCUCUCUCUCUAAACCCCUUUAAGGACUGGGAGAGGCAGAGCAAGCCCCAGAGCCCAAGCCUCGAUGGUCGUUGAGAUGUUAAAUCUUGCACUGAAAAUUUCUGGUGAUUUAAUCAAAGAGUGAUUUCUAGUGAAAUAAAUAAAAAGGACUUUGUUGAAAAAUU